UUAAAAUGGAACCCUUAGUCCUAUACUCACCAAAAUUACCAGUCCUCAUUGAGCAUCUAACCAUGGCUGCUCCUCUUCAAUUCUUCUUUCUCUUCACCCUCACUCUCUUCUCAUCAUCAUUCUCCGAGCAAUCCCACAUCGAACUACCCUCAAACAACAACAACCCUAACCCUAACCCUUUACAAAAACUGUCCAAUCUCCACUUCUACUACCACGACAUAAGAGACAACGAAAACCCCACCAUUGUGCAAAUCGUGGACACCCCAAAGAACGUUCCGAACGGGUUCGGGUCUACUUUCGUGAUGGACGAUGCGAUGACCGAAGGACCAGAGCUGAGCUCGAAGCACGUUGGGAGAGCCCAGGGGCUGUUUGGCUUGGCCUCUCUUCAGGACCUUGGGAUGUUCAUGCUCACCAAUUUCGCUUUCACCGAAGGAGCUUAUGCUGGAAGCACGUUGAGCAUGCUUGGGAGGAAUCCCAUAUCGGAGCAGAAUAGGGAGUUGCCCAUUGUUGGUGGCACUGGCGUGUUUAGAUUUGCCACUGGCUAUGCCAUUGCUAAUAGCGUUAAUUCCGUUUCUACCCCUCAACAUUUUGUUGUCGAGUACAAUGUUACAGUGUGGCAUGGCUAGUGUGUUUUUUUUUUAUCUAUAAAAAUAAAAUAUGAUACCAGAGAAUUUAUAAUUCUGUUCAAAUAUCCGAACUAUAUCCCUUUGUAGCCGUUUGUAGUGAGACCAUGGGAGUAUGUAUGCCUUGUGGCACCUAGAGUUAGAAGUAGCAAGUGAUAUGGUCUAACUUGUGUCAACCUAAAAGUAAUUUUGUUAGCGUAUCGGUAUUGGGAUUUUUAUUUCUUGUAUUUGUUUUUAAGUGCAAAUCAAACAUGUAUUGAGUAGUUCAACAAUUUCAGCUGAUUACAUUGCGACAUGCACUUUUAAUCAUCA